GUGAAAUAAACGAAUUCUAUAACAAGAAGAAGGUAAAUAUGAGGUUGGGCUUUGUUUUAGUUGAAAGCAGAGCAACCAAAGACCAUCGUCCGGGUGGUGGUCGUGGUGGUGCUUUCACUUUCUCUCUUUCAUGAAUGGGAAACCGCCGCUAUUUGUUUCUUUCAAAACCAUUCCCUUAACCCAAAAUCAAUCCUCACGUCCGUUCAACUUUCAGGAAGGACUCUGUUUUUGUUUUUGAUUUUGUUUUAAUUAUUAAUUCAUUAUUAUCAUUUUUCGUUGGAUUUUGUUGUAAAAAUCGAAAAUGAGAAAGGAUAGGAGAACAAAGAUGAAGGGAAGAGUGUCAAGGAUUGGAAGCUAUGCGAUUGCAUCUUCCUUGAAGGAUCAUCCUCACCAACCCUGCAUUACCUGCACCACUUUUAACAUCCUCGCUCCCAUUUACAAACGCCUUUCUCAUAAGGACCAGAAUUGCCGUGAAAGCGAUUAUAGGGCAUAUUGGUUGGCCAGGAACCAACGAAUAUUGGAUUCUUUAUUAUACGAGAGAUCUUCCAUUAUUUGUCUGCAGGAAUUCUGGGUUGGAAAUGAAGAGCUUGUAAAUAUGUAUGAGAAGAGGCUUGGUGAUGCUGGUUAUCUUAAAUUCAAGCUUGGACGUACCAACAACCGUGGUGAUGGUCUGUUAACUGCGGUGCAUAAGGACUACUUUAGGGUUAUUAAUUAUAGGGAAUUGCAUUUCAAUGAUUGUGGAGACCGGGUUGCACAAUUGCUUCAUGUUGAGUUGGUUACCCCUGCUUCACAAUGCCGAAACAACGAUCCUUGCCAAGAAAUUCUUAUUGUCAAUACCCAUUUGCUUUUUCCUCAUGAUUCAAGUUUGUGUAUAGUGCGAUUGCAUCAGGUCUACAAAAUCUUGCAGUAUGUCGAAUCUUAUCAGAAGGAAUAUAAUCUUAAUCCUUUACCAAUUAUGCUUUGCGGAGACUGGAAUGGGAGCAAACGCGGGCACGUUUACAAGUUCCUUAGGUCCCAAGGCUUUGUAUCAUCAUAUGAUACUGCUCACCAGUACACCGAUGCAGAUGCACACAAGUGGGUUAGUCACCUCAAUCAUCGGGGAAACAUAUGUGGUGUGGAUUUUAUAUGGCUUCUCAAUCCCAAUAGUUAUCGCAAACUUCUGAAAACAAGUUGGACUGAAGCAGUAUUUGGCAUGUUCAAGAAUCAACUAAGGAAAGCUUCAUUGACAGAAGAUGAUGCGUUUGCUUUUCUUAAGGCUGACAAUGAUGGUGAUUACAUUACCUACUCAGGUUUCUGUGAAGCUCUUCGACAGUGUUCUGUCUUUCUACAGUUCAAUAUAAUCGGUCAUCGCUAUGGACUAAGUGUUGAAGAGACAAAUGACUUGUGGGUUCAAGCAGACAUUGACGGAAACGGUGUUGUUGACUACAAAGAAUUUCAGCUGCGAAUCUGGAAACCUACAUGGUCAGAGCCAAGAGAUGGAGACAUGAAAGAAGGCCAAGAAAGGGGCCAUAAGGUGACAGAAAAAUAUGGUAGGAAGAAGCAAGCUACUGGUUUUAGUGUGAAGAAUGCAGUUUUAUUUCCUCCAGAAGUGGAAAAGGGAAGGUGGCCUGAAAAUUAUUUUCUCUCUGAUCACGCCCGACUUACAGUGGUGUUCUCACCGAUAACAAUGCCUUGUUCCCAGCUAGCAUAAUGACAAAAUCUGAGAUGCAAGGAAACUUAGAUGGCAAAUUUUGUAUGGGGCAUUGAAAUGAAGAGAAGUUGAAGGAUCUAGAGUAGACUGUGCUCUAUGCAUGUUAACCAUAGGAGUGCCCCAGGGAGAGCCUGAAAAUGUUUUAUGGUGCAACCCUUGUCCCAUGGUUCUUGUAAUACUGUUUGGUCAACAUCAAGCUGAAGAACCUCAACUCUCUCAUACUAUCAAGCAGGGGACCCCCACUCCAACGCCAAUGAUCGCAGGAACAUGAAAUUUAAGGGCAUCACUCCAUCGAAGUGGCAUUUCGUCAGUGAUUGGGCGGAUAAUGGAACUGGUUCCCCUUAUUUGCUGGUUAAACAGGGGAAAUGGGAAGGAAAGAAGAAGCGGAAGGUAUACAUGUAUAUAUUUAUAUAUAUUUCAUUACAUAUAGGCAGGUUACAGGUAGUAAUCAGUCUUUGGGUAGCAUGGUGAGUCCAUCUUAGAAUAGAGCAGUGGCCCACUGAAAUUGUGCAGUAAUGUAAAGUACUAGACUAGCAUUUGAAGCAUCAGAAUGUAUAGAGGGAAACCCCCAUGUUAGUAGGUAAGGUGAAGGAAACAUUGAUCCAAUAGUGAAUCACUUUGCAGACAGAUUAUAUAUAAACUCCACCCAGUAAACAUAGUAAAAAUUUAUAUUUAA